UAAAAAGAGACAUGGAAGAAACACAAAGAGAUCACUUAACAUGGGGACUAUUAGAGGAAGAAAGAGAAGAAGAAAAGCAAAAAAAAUUCGAUAUGUCGAAAUACUAUUUUGGCGGGGAUGUAGAAAUGGCUGUGGUGAAAUGUGCUAUUGAUCUUGGCAUGGCUGACGCCAUAGCAAACCAUGGACGUCCCAUGACACUUCUAGAGCUGUCAUCAGCCCUAGAUUGUGAUCUCCAAAACCUUCACCGCGUCAUGAGGUUUUUAGUCAACCAUGGAAUAUUCAAAGAGAUCAUCAUCCGAAACGAAGACACCGUCCCAACUGCAUAUUACGCGCAAACACACAGCUCUCGCCGGUUAAUGAGAACCGGAGAGAACAGCAUGGCGGCGUUUAUUCUGAUGCAGAGCAGCCCACCUGCGAAGGCGGCAUGGCACUGUCUGAGCGCAUGUGUCAAGGGGAAAGCUACCUCGGCUUUUGAGGUGGUGCACGGCGAGGACGUAUGGAAACACGCUGAGGCAAACCCGGCCCAAAGCCAGCUCAUCAAUGAGGCCAUGGCUUGUUUAGCUAGGGUGAUAGUAUCGGCGAUCAUUGAUGGUUGUUUGGACAUGUUUGAAGGGGUUGAAACCCUCGUCGACGUCGGCGGAGGCACCGGGACGAUCAUGCGUAGGUUGGUUAAGGCCUGUCCUUGGAUUAGUAAGGGCAUUACCUUUGAUCUUCCUCAUGUUGUAUCUCUUGCUGAACAGUGUGAAGGGAUCGAGUAUGUUGGAGGUGACAUGUUUGAAUUUAUUCCUAAGGCUGAUGCUGUAUUACUCGUGGCGGUUCUUCAUGACUGGGGAGACGAUGAGUGUAUCCGCAUCCUGAAAAAGUGUAGGAAAGCCAUUCCAAAGGACAAAGGGAAGGUGAUAAUAGUAGAAGUUGUGAUUGGUAAUAAAGAGCAACAGAAAGAAGACAACAAGCUAAAUGAUGUCGGAUUGGUUCUAGAUAUGGCGAUGAUGGCUCUUACUCACAAAGGCAAAGAGAGGACCUUGGAUGAAUGGGCAUAUGUUCUUCGCGAGGCUGGUUUUAGCCGACACACUGUGAGGUCCAUUGCAGCUAUUCAAUCUGUCAUCGAGGCUUUUCCAGCUUGAAUAUGAUCUGCGGAAAACAAGUUUGGAAGUGAAAAAAAUAAUAUUCUAGCGCGUUGUUUCAGUUUGUAAUGUCGUUUUCGUUAUUGUACGAGUCCGUAUUUAGGUUAUCCAAUUGUUGUCUUUCCGUGUUUUGAUAUAUUAAUAAGUGUAUCACCAAUAUUGGUGCAUGGUUGUUAAGUUUGAAGUUGAAGCUUUGCUUAUUUGGAUUCGAGCAAAAUGUCUAAUGCUGUGUUUCGAAGCGAGUGAGAAAGAGUAUAAAUUAUACUGUAAUAAAAUGG